UAUUUUUCGAGUGGACCGCGGGUACAGCGCUCAAACGACUCCCACUCCUUAAAUGGAGAAGUUGUGAUAAAGUGGCUACUCGAGUAAAUUCAUAUUUAUUACACAGUCAGCGAGUAACAGUGUGAGUCCGCGCCACCGUCAGGCUGAACGCGGAGCUGCUGCGGUCCCUCGGAUGUCGUGCACGCUGGUCGGCGCCUCCGGGGCUCGGAUCCCUCUGCAGGAUGGCCGGGCUGUGAUUCUGGGCCGGGGUCCGCAGACCGGGGUCAGCGAUAAGAAAUGCUCCAGGCACCAGGUGAAAGUGGUGGCUUGCUAUCCAGACAAGGAUGUGGUUGUUACUCAGCUUGGUGCCAAUCCCAGUUUCCUGGAUGAUAAGCAGCUGGGCCGAGGUCAGUCUGGUAAACUCACCCAUGGAGGUGUUCUCUACCUGGUUAACCACAACCAUCCAUUUAAACUGCACUACUCUCUGAGCUCCAAUGGUACAACCUCCAGUGCUGCACAGAAAAUGCUGAAAGCCACAGAUAAGACAAAAAGAGGAAGGAACGAGAAAGAAAAAGAGACACAGUCAAGUCCGGCACUGAAACGCAGUAUAAAGGAUUUCUUUCCUACCUCCCCCACGAAGUCUUAUAAAAGACAACUGAGCCCAGAGAAGGGGCAACCUGAGGUGAAGCGCCAAAGGAUAGAUGAGGAGGUGACAGGUGAAUGGAUGAAGGAAGAAGAAGAGGAUGAGGAGGAGAGACUGGCAGAGGAAAAGCUCAAGCAGCUGCAGGAGUUGGCAGAGAAGUCUAUGACAGAGAUGAGUAACAACCCCCACCCUUCGUCUUCGUCUUCAUCAUCAUCAUCGUCAAAGGCCUCUCUAAAGAGCAGCUGGCAGCUGAUCGGCAACCUGAUGCUUUACACUGCUGCUGGAGUCAAAGGGAGUGACAAGAUUGCUGGGUUUGACAUAGAUGGCUGCAUCAUCACCACCAAGUCUGGGAAAGUCUUUCCUACCGCACCAGAUGAUUGGAGGAUUCUGUUUCCAGAGAUUCAGCCCAGACUGGCCACUUUGCUCAGAAGAGGAUAUAAGGUGGUGUUCUUCACAAACCAGAUGGGGAUCACUAGAGGCAAACUGAGACCAGAAGUCUUCAAGUCUAAAGUUGAGGACAUACUCACCAGGCUGCAGUUACCUGUGCAGGUGUUUGUAGCCAGCGGUCCUGGUAUCUACAGGAAACCAGUUUUGGGAAUGUGGAACCACUUGUGUGAGAAGGCUAAUGAUGGUGUCCCCGUUGAUAAGACAGCAAGUUUUUAUGUGGGAGAUGCCGCGGGGAGGCCUGAAAACUGGGCUCCAGGGAAGAAGAAGAAGGAUUUUUCCUGCAGUGACCGACUGUUUGCUCUGAACAUGGGGUUGAAGUUCCACACCCCAGAGGAGUACUUUUUGGGCUGGAAGAGCGCCCCCUACAGCCUGCCUGAUUUUGACCCAAGGAAGCUCGACACGGCUGACAGGCUGUACGACCCUCCAUCGGCUUCCCUCACGUCCAGCAGGACAGAAGUCAUUGUUGCCGUGGGUUUCCCUGCUUCGGGUAAAUCCACUUUCUUCCACACCCACAUCAUUCCACAUGGUUAUGUGUACGUCAAUAGGGACACACUCGGGUCAUGGCAGAGCUGUGUGUCGGCAUGUGAGCGUGCUUUGAAGGAAGGCCGGAGUGUUGCUGUGGACAACACCAACCCGGACCCUGAGUCUCGCAAGCGCUAUGUGGACGUGGCCAAAGCGGCAGGAGUGUCCUGUCGCUGUUUCCACUUCUCAGCCUCUCUGGAGCAAGCCAAACACAACAACAGAUUCCGUGAAAUGGCUCCGUCAGAAAGCAAACACGCCAAGGUCAACGACAUGAUUUUCCACAGCUACAAAAAACACUUUGUGGCUCCUGCUCUCUCUGAGGGAUUCUCCGAGAUCCUACAGAUCCACUUUGUCCCGGUCUUCAAAGACAGCCAAUCAGAGACCCUGUUCCGACAGUUUUCUGAGGGCUGAUUGGACGGUUGGCUGACCUGCAUCUUGUCUGGGAUCCCCACUGACCUGUUCACCUUAUAUGCAAUAAGUGUGUCUCAAUUCAGGGGCCGCUUGCUUUAGAAGGCUGCCUUCGUGCACCGCAUAGCCUCAAAGUCUGAACCGAAAAGAGACGAUCUGGUUUACAGAGGAUUGAAGGAUGCAGCCCCUGUAUUAAGACACAGCUUUUAUGGCUUAAGGUCUCUAACUGCACACUAAGAACGGUGAUGUAGUCUAGACUUAGCGCAGCACAGAAUCAGGAAUUGUACAGGAAUGUAUGAUAUAUUCAUGUAUGUGUCCCACGACCUGAUUAUGCAUAUACGUUUUACAUGUGUUGUUUAGAAAGAAUAAAAUAGAUAAAAACACAGUUACAUUACUUUUAUUUGUUAUCAGUGAUUUGUUAAAAGAAAAAUGAUUUCCAAGUAAGCUUACAGUCAGGAAAAUCAU